AUGUCUACUCCAAAGGGAAGCAUGGAAGUCAGUCACGGCCGUGGUGGAGCGGGAAACAUUGGCACCGACAACACUGUCUAUGGUGACGGAGAGAUCGUUCGCGAGGGAGCUGUGGGUGACCACGGUGAUGGCGCAUUCAGCACUGGUCGCGGAGGUGCAGCAAACAUCGGCUCUCCCAAGGUCGGAGCCACCGCAAGAAAGGACGAGAUUGCGAUCCCAGAGGUAGCUCUACGACCAAGCAUGGAGGACCAGAACUACCACACCGGACGAGGAGGUCAAGGCAAUGCGCAUCUGACCGGACCACAAGGCACGAAGCACCCGGAGGGACUGGCAGAUAAGCUGAAGAACAAGCUGUUCAAGAAGAAGGUCGCAAAGGAGGAGGCCAAGGCAUGA